AAAGGGCGGAUGUUGCGUAAUCUGCGUACGUAUGGUUGGUUUGUUAUUGAUAGCGACAUCAUGUGAACUGCUAGUUUAAUCGAUGUAAUUACUUUGUGUUUGCACUGAAUGGUGUUGAAACAUUCCUGUCUAUAGUCGUUUAAUAAGGAUAUUAGGCACUGACGUCGAAUCGAAAAUUUAGCAUCAUGAAGAUUGCUAUCUUCUCCCUCUUGGUCAGAGCAUCUCUCCUCGCUGUGUCCGUUCUUGGGCAAACCACAGACGUUGAGGAGCUUGCCAGUAAGAACGCCGACUUUGCUACCCGGUUGUACAGCAAGAUUGCGAGCUCAAAUGAUGACAAUGUAGCCAUUUCGACCUUCGGGACCACCUUGGCCUUGGCAACAUUAGCAGCUGGGGCUGGUGGGGCUACUCGCACCGAGCUGCUACACGGUAUAGAAGUGGCCUCCAUGCAGAAAGAUGAAGAGCCCGAAAGGAUUCCGACCCUUCUCAAGCAGCUGAGGGAGACCACUUCUCAAAUCCAGGCCACUGGCCUCUUCAUGAAGCAGGACGUCAAGGCAGAUGACGGCUUCAGCAGCCGAGUUAAGCAGUUUUAUAAUGCAGAUGUUCAAAAUGUGAAUUUUGCCAGUGGACAGCAGGCCAAAGAAAGCAUUGAUAUUUACGUAAGAGAACAAACAGGGGACAAGGUCAAAGAUGUGGUGGAGAAUGUAGAUCCACAAAGCAUGUCAAUGAUAAUCAGUGGGGCUUUCUUCACAGGUCAGUGGCUGCAACCCUUCAACGUUACCUUCACCCAAGAAGAGCGUUUCUAUGUAAACAAGUAUAAGAUCGUGCAAGUGCCCAUGAUGCUUCGUUCGGGCAAAUACCACCUGGCCUAUGACCCCUCGUUAAAGGUUGGCAUUCUGAAACUGCCCUGUGAGGAGGGCAUUGCCAUGCUCGUCCUUCUUCCAGAUGAAGAUGUGGACUACACCUAUGUUGAUGAAUCCAUGACUGGUCAAGUGUUUCGUGGAUGGGUUAAAAAGCUGAAAAAGACGAAGCUGGAGAUUCAGUUGCCCAGAUUUUCACUGAAGCAGUCCAACUCACUGAGUAUGAGUCUGCCCGGCCUGGGUAUUAAAGCGAUCUUUGGGAAUACUUCGGAUCUUUCUGGAAUCAGCAGCGAUGAAGGCCUGAAACUGUCAGAGGUGGUACAGAAGGUCACUGUGGAGGUGGAUGAGACCGGAGGCUCAGUGUCCGAUGCCUCCAGCAGUCUGUUCAUGACCCCUCUUCCUCCCAGGCUCACUUUCAAUCGACCUUUCAUUUUUGUUGUCUACCAUGAGGCCACACAAUGCAUCCUCUACAUAGGACGUGUGGUCGACCCAACUAAGAACUAAUUAUGCUGAGAAACUAUCAACGUUAUACUUACACUUUAUUCCUACUCAUAGUUUAGCCUGCUGUUUUGCUUGAAUAAUCAACUUAGAAUUUAACAUCGAAUUUAUUUGUGUUAUGUAACAGAAUAGUGUUUUUAAUGUCGUAAAACAAGAAUAUCGGUAUAAUAUAAUAACAAUACAAUGUCCGGUUAGGAAAACAACUGUAAAUGUAUUGUGUUUCCUGAAAUGGUUGAUUAAGGAGGUUUAUUGAUGGCGUGAUGAAGUGUUAACCACACAAUAUAACGUUACAUGUGACAAGUAA